AUGCCUAAAUAUCAAGAGGCCAGUCGAUUGAAGGCAGCGUCACAAUAUACAACGACAAAGGCUAACACCCCUUCCCGAGAUGUUUCCCCUCCCCCAUACUCAACUUCAAUCCAAGAAACGUCAGUAACGCCAACUGGUAGACCCCUUCCAUCGCCCCCGCCUAAUCUACAAGUCCUUCGCACCCGAAGGGGUCCACGGAGAAUUGAUCCGAUGGACGAACUUGCAAGCCCAUGGAGCGAGCUCGUUGCGAUGCAAGGUCCCAUGUUUGGGAAUCUUGAACGCCUAUACCGCGCAUAUCGUCCUCGUUUGCCACUCCAUGAGGACACCUUCCAAAAAAUUCGAAUCUUCCUUUUGCAAAACAACAUCUCCGACGACCCGGUCAAGGUGAAGGCCAAAAAAAUGGUCCAGGAGCUUUGGGACCGCAACGAGCGGCAGUGGAUUACGGAUGCAACUUCAAGGCCUUGCGGCAUCCGGGUCAAGAAUGGGAAGCUGAACGAGGACGACGCCGACUCGUGGCACAUUGUCCAUCUUCUAUUUCGCAAGUCACACCGGGUGUCAGCCAUUCCCCACAUCUGGCGCGAUGCGUUGGUGCUUCUCAAGAUAACGCAGCUUCCGAGCCAUGACAUGGAAGAACCUUUGAUCAGUCUCGAGCGUUUGCAAGAUCAUCAGUGGUCUCCCGUGGUUGGUAACCCGGGUCGAGAGCCCAUUGCCUUUGAAGUCGUCGCGCACCUAUUAGCCGCAAGCGGUAAGUCGCACAAGUGGCUGAAGAGGAAGUUGGUUGCGUAUGUGGAACGUGCUAUGAAGAGCACGGAAGUUGAGAGCGAGAGCUCUUGUCUGUAG